UCCCCAGCGACUCGGACGUAAUCGGGACGGACAUUUCGGUUUGUGAGGCCGUUGGGACAUGAGCGCGCGCGUAACGUGUGUUUGCGAUCUCCGUAUCUUGAAGCAAGUUAGGCAAGUGUGUAGCUUCUGAAAUUUAACUACAGUUCGGUGUCGCCAAGAAGAAGGUAGGCACACACUCCCAGUGGUCGGUAUGCAAAUCGAUUUUUAAGCACCCGUGACCCGUGAUGAAAGUAAUAGUGGUCGCGACAACGGCAAACCACCGUGACCUAUCGAACCGGGAGUGCAAGUGCGUGUCUGUAAAUGCAAAUUUGCAACUGCAUACCCUUUUCACAGCCGCUCAAGUGACCGUUGCUGGUGUAACACGAUAGAAGAGUGCACGAGGCUCGACAGCGUGACCUGCCUCUGUCUGCCAAACACGAAAUACAGGAUCCCGGGCGGGGAAUAUUGGACGUCUGUUGGCCAGUUGUGGAAGGAAAACUCGAAAACCUGUGGUCUGUGAUUACGGGCAAGUGAGUUGGAAAACCGGUUUUCAGCAAACCCAGCAGCCCAGUUUGUGUUUGUGCAUGGCUCCGUAGUGUGACCCCGAGUAAUGCGAUCCUCCCGUCGUGUCUGUGCGCUCAUCAGAUUUCCAGGUCCAGCUGACGAACCGCAGUCAUUAGCAGGCAGGGCACUAAACAAACGCUGACUGCAGUCAAGCGGAGAACAGCCCCAAAAAAGCAUCAAACAAACAAACAAAUCGCGCUACACAGAUACACGCACAUUCACAAGUUUUGACUCGGCAACCCCCUCCGUGGCGCAAAAUUACCAACAGCAGGGUAAAUAAAGACCGCUGCUCCUCUUAGUGUGAGUGACACGCAACGGUUGGCGUGACGUAAGCGAACCCAAACCCCGUUCGCGGCUUGUGCUGAGGCGAACCGCGCGCAAAAGUGUACGACGCGUCGUUGGACGCGGCUGUCUGGAAGGGUUGCUGUGGGUGUCUGCCCGCCAGGUGUGAAGUUCCCGAGCUUUUGCGUGUGUGUCAUUGAUAAAUUCCGUCCAAGUUCGGCGCGUGCGACCUAAGCCGGGGCAGUAUCAUCCCGUACGGUGUUUGGCGAGGUCGUCCGAGGUAGAGGCCGGUACCGCGAAGGUGUAGGGUGCGUUUCAACUUCCUGUAGGAGAGUGUUUAAAAUCAGGUGGCCCUGAAGUUGAAAGUCAUCUAGUACGUCUUGGGCCCGAAGAGUGACCUCGAUCCAUCGUCCUCGUCGUCCAGUACUUUGCUGGAAGCACCACCUUCAACAAAUCACUGUACCAAAGCUGUGCGCGCCUCACACUAUCGUCACUAUCAGCAGAAAUUGCAAUUUGUGAGUUGCCGAAAGAAUUGGAUUUAUCGACCCCGGACGGAAUUCAAUUCGUGAACCCAAACCCACCCCCUCCGACACACGUCACAGACGUCAGACGGCUUGAAGUGGCAGGAAAUUCAGCGCGUUUCAAGUGAAUUGACGGGGGUGGAUUGGGUUUUUUUUUCUGCGAGCCUCACGCGUGCAAAGGUCGAUCGAGUGCUGGGUAGAACCGUCACGAAGCAUCAUUAGGCUGGAAGCUACGGAAUCGAUAACAUCGCUAUCGCGAUAGGCACACGCGCUGGUGUGCGGAAUUUUUGGCGUCCGUAGCGAGUAUUUGACUGAAACGAGCGCACGGAAAGCAUGACUAUCUCAGCUAUUCCACCGCCAGAACCCGUCUGGUGUUUGGACCGGCGGGACUCGGGCCAUCUGUUCUGGCGCCGGGAGUCGUCGAAGGUGAAGUUCCGGUACGAUGUGGAGGUACUGGAAUUCACCAAAGACCCGUACGAAGAUCAGCUGCUGAUCACGGACAGUGAGCUGAAUCGCACGAAACAACAGCAGGCCGGGGCCGUAUCGAACAUGAUCGUCGUUUGUGUGACCUGUGUGGCGGCCAUUGCCGUUACGGUGGUGUUACCGUGGUUCCUGAUCGGAUCGGCCUAAACCAGGAACGCCAUUGGACCAGGAACGGAACUGAAACCAGCACACACCCCGCUAUGUCAUGGCUAUGUGAACUGCCACGAGCACAUAGUACCGUGGGUUGUGAGCUCCUGCGUGAGAAGAUGUGAAUCGCUCGUACCGGGUGCGUUGUAAGAAGCAUCCGCGAGUAACCCGAUUGUGAUAGCUGUCCCUAGCCGUGUGAAAAGGUGUUAGGGACAUUUUUUUCUCAAAACAUUUUUUCCUAGCCCGUAAGAUAGAGUAAGUCUGAGUGUACUAAUUGCACUACACAAGCACAGAUCGACCGCUGAGCACCGAUUUGUUACUCUCUCAACGUGGUGAAAUGAACGGUAGAAGUGUAAAUAGAAGAUGAUUCACCAAACGAUACGAUAAGUAGGCGAGGGUGACGAUAAAAGAAAGUCGCCUCAACACCGUAACAGCUUAAAGCAGAUCAAACGCACCGAGUGAUGAUAGGCAAUGUAUUAAAUCUUAGCUACAUAAUCACACACAAACACACACAUUCAGCUAGCAACAAACACAGAGCGCAAUUGAUCGUAUCGAAUACGACAUUCGCACGAUGUAGUUCUUAAGGUGUUGUCUCUUAACACGCGCAGAUCAGCUUGAGGGGUGUGAGGGAAGGGCAAUAAUUUUACAACAAACACUAAUAUAUCGAUUAUGAAGUAAAGUCAA